AUGGCAACUAAUAUAAGAGUCGAGCCCUUAACACGGGACAACUACGAUACGUGGCGUGAUAAGAUGGCACAAGCCUUGCUCACCAAAUGCGGACUAUGGGAUCAUGUAUGCAAGAGAAACCCUACGCAAGUAAGUCCUGAAGAAAUUAUAAAAUAUAAUGAAAAGGGCAGUCUAGCUUUGUCCGAAUUAUUACUAAUAAUAGCUCCUUCAGAAGUAAAGCAAGUAACGAGCUAUGGACAACUCGAAAAUAUUUACGAAACUAAAGGUCCGGCAAGAAAAGCGACUUUACUUAAAGAAUUACUUUUGCGAAAGAUGUUGGAUGGCGAUAAUAUAAUUGAUCACCCUAAUAAAUGUAUGAAUAACGUCGAUAAACUAGGUGACAUGGGAAUAGAAAUAAAUAAUGAUCUAUUGAGCAUAAUGCUACUAUACAGCCUCCCGCAAUCAUUUGAUUUUUUUUUUAAUGUGAGUAAUGAACAAAUUACUAGAAGGUGUACAUAG